AUGAAAUACGUUUUUGUUUCAGGAGGUGUCAUAUCGGGCGUAGGCAAGGGCACGAUUGCCUCCAGCGUCGGCCUGCUCCUCCAGACCAUUGGUCUCACGGUCUCGAGCAUAAAAAUCGACCCGUACAUUAAUAUCGAUGCUGGAACCAUGUCCCCGAUCGAGCAUGGUGAGGUCUACGUGACUGAUGAUGGUGGCGAAAUGGAUCUUGAUCUGGGCAACUACGAAAGAUACCUCCUUACCACGCUUACUCGAGACCACAAUAUCACAACUGGCAAAAUAUAUCAGCACGUCAUUGAAAAGGAACGUGUCGGCCAGUAUCUUGGCAAAACGGUUCAGGUCGUGCCUCAUAUCACCAACGCUAUACAGGAUUGGAUAGAGCGCGUUGCCAAAAUGCCUGUUGAUGAAUCUGGACUUGAACCCGACGUCUGCAUUAUAGAGCUGGGCGGUACCGUCGGUGACAUCGAGAGUGCUCCGUUUGUUCACGCUGUCACCCAGCUUCAAAGGCGCGCUGGAAAGAAGAAUCACGCCCUAAUUCACGUCUCAUAUGUUCCCGUGCUCCCACCAGGACCCGGGGGAGAACAGAAGACCAAGCCUACACAGAGGGCUGUCAUGGACGUACGAAGCGCCGGCCUGAACCCAGAUCUAAUCGCCUGCCGCUGCGAGCAACCUUUGGAAAAUGGUACCAUUGACAAAAUCGCGAACAUGUGCCAGUUGGAACGGGAUCAGGUAAUCGCCGUGCACAACGUGUCAACUACAUACCACGUGCCGCUGCUUCUUGAGAAGCAGAAGCUUUUGGGCAUCCUUGGUGAUCUCCUUGAUCUUCCAUCUAUCCAGCGAUCCGCUCCGAGGAUUGAACAAGGUGGCCUGAUGUGGAAGACCUGGAUCGAUCUUGCCCAGGGCCAGGAGCACCUACACGACACCGUGAAAAUUGCGCUUGUAGGCAAGUAUACCUCGCUGCAUGACGCAUAUAUCAGUCUCCACAAGUCCUUUGAGCAUGCAGCUAUGCACUGCCGCAAAAAGCUCCAACUUAUCUGGGUGGACGCAUCGCAUCUCGAAGACGAGACUACGGAGCACUCACCAGCUGAAUUUCACAAGGCAUGGCACGCCGUUUGCACGGCCGAUGGCAUCUGUGUUCCAGGCGGAUUCGGCACACGCGCUACGGAUGGCAUGACCAAGGCGAUUACAUGGGCGCGCACCAAGAACGUGCCUUUCCUCGGUAUCUGUCUUGGUUUCCAGCUAGCGGUCAUCGAGUAUGCAAACAAUGUUGCGCAGAUUGAGGAUGCGGGCAGUGAGGAGCUACAUCCGCAUGCCGAAAACCAUGUCAUAGUCUACAUGCCCGAGGUCGACAAGACCAAGCUCGGUGGCACGAUGCGGCUGGGCAAGCACGCCUGUGUGUUCCAGGCGGGCACUGAAUGGUCGCGGCUACGAGCGCUGUACGGAUCGGCGCCGCAAAUCUUGGAGCGACACCGACAUCGGUACGAGGUCAAUCCGGCCGUGGUCGAUCAGCUUGAAAAGGCCGGGCUUACCUUUGUUGGCAAGGACGUCAAGGGUGAGCGCAUGGAGGUCGUCGAGCUGCGCGAACACCCUUGGUUUGUAGGCGUGCAGUUUCACCCGGAAUAUCUGAGCCGCGUGCUCGCACCCAGCAAGACCACUCUAGGAUUCUUUGCCGCGGCGGCCGGAUGCUUGGAUGAGAUCACCAAAUCACUGAACAACAAGAGCUAG